AUGAAUAACGCAGUGUUUUUGUUUGGGUUCAUUUGCAUUUUAUUGAUCCCCGGAGCUGAGUCGGAUGAAAUCGCUUGUCCGAGGCGGGUGACGGGGACAGAGUACGAGGAGAUCAGCUUCCAAUGUUUUUACUCCCCUAUUCCCAAUGCCAACAAAUACAGCCGCAAAUUCUGCUGCCUGGAAGGCGCCCGCCCCGGGUGGUGCAAGCAGACGAUCGUCUCUGACAGCGGUUACUCGUCCCCCAACUUCCAUGGGAGGAUCACACUGACCGACUCCAAAGAGAAAAGCUUUUUUACCGUCACUAUCGAUGGGUUACAGAAGGAAGACGAAGGCACUUAUAUCUGCGGCAUCGGGCAGAAUGACAACGGGAUCAAAGGAGUUCUUAGUCUGUCCGUUGUUGAAGAUACCAAGAUCCCCGAGGAAGCCGAACUUCUCUAUGCCCAGCUGAGGGGCGCCGUGAUCUUCAAGUGUAAUUAUAAUGAGCAGGUCGCCGGGCAGAGGAAAUAUCUGUGCAAGGUCAACAAAAAUGGCUGCCUGGACAUCAUCGACAGCACGGGGAGGACUGACCCCAGCUACGAGGGGAGAGUUACGGCUGAGAUGAAGGCGGGAACGUUCACGGUAAAAAUGGUGCAGGUGCGCAAUCUAGACGCGGCGUACUAUACGUGUGGCUCUGACGACCCCGAAGAAUCCAAAGAUUUGCCGAAUUAUGAUUUAAGGAUCAACGAAGAGACGGAUAUUCUUCAGGGACCUCAUCUACUGACCCCCAGGCUGGGAGGGUCUCUGUCCGCUCAGUGCAUUUACAACCCCAAAAAGAAUUACACAGAGAAAUUCUUCUGCAAACUGCAAGACGGAGUCUGCAAUCCAAUCAUAAAAACCGACGGGUCCAUGAUGAGCGCUUACGAGGGGAGAGUACUCAUCGAUGACAAUUCUACGAGCGGCUUGAUGCAGGUCCUCAUGACUAACAUCUCCAACAAGGACGAAGGCUGGUACUGGUGUGUCCUGACCGGGAAAAAACAUGACCAAACAUCUACCAUACAGGUCAAGAUUUCAAAAGAAAAUCUCCCAGGACUGUCUGGAAACACGUUUGUCCAAGUGCCCGCCGGUGAUCCUGCCAAAAUCACCUGCUCCUAUCCCUGUAGGUACAAAACCGCUCAGAAGUAUUGGUGCAGAUGGGAAAACUUUCAGUGUAAACCUUUGAGCAACGUGGAAGAUACUCAAGAUAGUCAGCUGGCCACCUGCCAGACCGAGGAGCUGGUGCUCACCAUCAAGUCUGCAUCCCAGAAGGACAGCGGAUUCUACUGGUGUGGUGUCAAAGAUGGCAGCCGAUACGUGGAGAGCAUAACCUCGCGCCUAAUAGUUGUAGAACCCAGCAGCGGUGUGUCCAAUACCAACUCACGGGCAAACUUUGCUGGAGACUCAAGAAAGGUGGAAGUGGUUGUCACUCCUUCCAGUGCUAACAACAAUAAGAGCAGCACUGUCACCGCCGCCGUGGUCUCUGUGUGUGCCGCCGUCCUGGUGGUCUGUGCCGUGUUCUUAUUCCUCAGACUGAGAAAGAGGAAGAAUUCGGAUUUGGUCUCCGUUGGAAGUUAUCGGACCAAUAUAAGUAUGACGGACCUGGACCACAACACCGCAAAGAGAACCCGGCGGUGACCGAUCUGCAGGAGACGGAUAUCAACCGCUUCGAAGAUACACCAAAGACAAAGAAAAAGGGAUCCCGAGAGGACCUGGAUUAUUCCUGCUUCCUGGUCAGUAAUGUUGGGACCCCAAAUGAGCAAGCGGUCGAAUAA